UAUGCUUGGAUGAGAAACAACCCUUCUGUUCGAGUGCCGCCUGCUUCCCCGAGCCCCCCCCACAGCAUGGUGGAGGACGAGGAGUGUUGUGCUCUGCUCCCAGUCCCUUCUGGAAAAUACAAUUUCAGUGAGCACCUCAAAUGGAAGGAAUGCUCUAACAAGAACCAGUUGAGAUACAGCGAGAGUAUCAAGGUCCUGAAGGAGAUGAAGGAGCUCUAUGAUCGCUAACUGCCUCGUACUGCAGCUCUCCACCACAGAAUGGACUCUAUGCAAUUAAAAGGGAGCCACAGCGUAACAGUCCAUGUUUGAAUAAACACUUAUUCAAAGGAAAGCAUUAACAGAUCCCUCAGCCCUAUUAAGACUAUAUUGUACAUCACGGGCAGAAACAUUUGCUGUGCUGGAAAGUGUUCAUGCAGGACUUUA